UGUAUUGCUGAAGACCGGUUCUUGAUGAUAUAUUUUCAUUCAUGUGCUCGUGAAUCUAGAGGUGAAUGAACCGAUUGUUCCAUCGAUCUCCUCUCAUCUUAAAGACCCUCUUUAUAUCCACAAAUACCAGACAACACAGACUCGUUUCUCAGCAUACCUCAGUUUUCUCACAUCGAUUCAGCUGUGUAGCAAGAUACUCCAAUCUUAACAGAAUUUUUCCCUCGUGCAAGAAUUUUACCAUGGCUUCUGCUAAAAAUGAUGAURUUCUGGCAAAUUUGAGAAAAUCUGUUAAAGAACAGGGUGAUUUGGUGAGAAAACUCAAAGAAGAAAAAGCUCCAGAAAAUGAUGUGGAAAUUGCCGUCAAAGAACUAAAAGCAAGGAAGAGGAUGUUAGAGAAAACGGAGAAAGAGAUGACUCCUCAAGAYGAAAAGUUUGACAGAGCAAAACUAGAGGAUUUGUUGAAAAGAAGAUUCUUUUUUGUGCCAUCUUUUGAGAUAUAUGGAGGUGUGGCGGGUCUAUAUGAUUAUGGGCCAUCAGGAUGUGCAAUGGAAUCAAACAUGCUUCAACUAUGGAGAUCUCACUUUGUGCUGGAAGAGCAUAUGCUGGAGAUUAGAGCAGCUCUGCUUACACCUAGCCCUGUCCUCAAAGCAUCUGGACACGUAGAAAGAUUUACUGACUACAUGGUGAAAGAUGUCAAGACUGGUGACUGUUAUCGAGCAGAUCACAUUCUAGAAGGACACCUUGAAAAAUUGAUGUCUGACAAAAAAGUGACGGAGGAAAAGAAGGCUGAAUACCAGAGUGUGCUUGGCAAGAUUGAUAACUACACCAUGCAAGAGUUAGGGGAGCUGAUUAAGAAGUAUGAGGUCAAAGCUUUAAUGACUGGAAAUGAUUUGUCAGACCCUAGUGAAUUCAAUCUUAUGUUCUCUACAUCUAUUGGACCAAGUGGUCUGAUUCCUGGUUUUCUAAGACCUGAGACAUCACAAGGUAUCUUUGUGAAUUUCAAGCGUCUUUUAGAAGCCAACAAUGGCAGACUYCCAUUUGCGGCUGCACAGAUUGGACCUGCCUUUAGGAAUGAAAUCUCUCCAAGAGCUGGUUUACUUCGAGUCAGAGAGUUCACUUUAGCAGAGAUAGAGCACUUUGUUGAUCCCUCAGACAAGAGUCACCCUAAGUUCCCUAAUGUCAGUGACAUUAAGGCUGUUUUGUACCCAUCGAGUUAUCAAAUGGAUGGUCAACCAGCAUUUGAAACAACCCUUGGAGAUGCUGUUAACAAGAAAAUUAUCAACAGCACAACGGUAGCUUACUUCAUGGGUCGUGUCUGGCAGUUUCUGGUCAAGAUUGGUGUUGAUAAGACAAAGUUUCGCUUCAGACAACACAUGUCAAAUGAAAUGGCUCACUAUGCCUGUGACUGCUGGGAUGCUGAGCUGAGGACAUCUUAUGGGUGGAUAGAGUGUGUGGGUAUUGCUGAUCGUGCCUGCUAUGAUCUAGUACAACACACCAAUGCUACAGGAGACAGACUGGUAGCACAAGUUGAUCUUCCUGAACCUGUCAAAGUAGAUGUGUUAGAAGUGGUCCCAGACAAGGCCGCUUUUGGCAAGGCAUUUAAGAAAGAAUCAAAACUUGUCAUGGAAUCACUGUCAAAGUUUGAUAACGACAGCGCUGCUCAAAUGGAGGAAGCCUUCCAACAGAAAGGGGAACACACCAUCAAUGUAAACGGCAAAGAUGUGGUUAUACAAAAGGGGAUGAUCAAAGAAAUAAAGCGAUAUCAGAAAGAACUCCAUGUACGAGACGUAGAGCCUCAUGUUAUUGAACCAUCUUUUGGUAUUGGACGAAUCUUGUACUCCAUCUUGGAGCACAACUUCCAGAUAAGAGAGGGAGACGAGCAGAGAACGAUCAAUGAUUUACCACAGCUUGUCAGCGAUUUGGUUCGUGGAAAAAGAACRUGGGAAGAAGUGGAGAAGAAAUAUGGUUUGUUUGAAGGCCAAACUACAUCAAAAUGAAUAGGAUUUCAAAAAGGAGAACCAAGCAUUGCAUAAUCAAAUAAAAUUUCUCWUGUAAAUUAUAAUUUUCGAUGCUUKUUACAUCAAUGCCUACUURGACAUUCCCAUCCCAACCCUUUAGUCUUUUUUAUUCCAACAGUGRGGUAAGAUUUGGAAUUUUGAUGACUUGAGCUGUUCGAUCUUAUCAAAAGAGAAUAAAUUCUAACUUGUAGUCGGCCAACGUUA